AUGACCACCCUUGGUGAUGACCUCCUGCGCACUGUCAACAAACUCCAAGACCUUGUCUUCAACACUAUAGGCAAUGACUCCCUCGAUCUCCCCCAGAUAGUCGUUGUCGGCUCCCAGUCGUCGGGGAAAUCCUCCGUGCUUGAAAACAUUGUUGGCCGGGACUUUCUUCCCCGUGGAAGUGGCAUUGUUACUCGUCGACCCCUGAUAUUGCAACUGAUCAACAUCCCUCCCGAUGAUGAUGACUCAGAUACCAAUGGCAAUGGCGAUGUGCACAUCCCCCAUACGGCGGCCAGCGUGGCAGAACACGGAGAGUGGGCAGAGUUUCACCAUAUCCCAGGUCGCAAGUUCGUGGAUUUCAACCAAGUUCGAGCUGAGAUCGAAAAUGAAACGGCGAGAAUAGCAGGGAACAACAAGGGCAUCAACAGGCAGCCCAUUAACCUCAAGAUCUUUUCUCCGCACGUUCUCAACCUCACCUUAGUCGAUCUGCCCGGCUUGACCAAGGUCCCCAUAGGCGAUCAACCGUCAGACAUUGAGAAACAAACGAGAACCCUCAUCUCUGAAUACAUUGCCAAACCAAACAGCAUCAUCCUCGCCGUCUCUCCUGCAAACGUUGACAUCGUCAACUCAGAGGCCCUAAAGCUCGCUCGGCAUGUUGACCCCAUGGGAAGAAGGACCAUUGGUGUCCUGACAAAAUUGGAUUUGAUGGAUCAUGGUACAAACGCGUUGGAUAUCCUGUCGGGUCGCGUGUACCCGCUGAAGCUUGGAUUCAUAGGCGUGGUUAACCGAUCCCAGCAAGACAUCCAGACUAAUAAACCCAUGUCCGACGCUCUCAGAUCGGAGGCGGAAUUUUUCAGGCAUCAUCCCGCCUAUCGGAAUAUGGCAACAAGAUGCGGAACGCAAUACCUUGCCAAAACUCUGAACACAACUCUGAUGGGCCACAUCCGCGAUCGGUUGCCCGACAUCAAGGCGCGGUUGAACACUUUGAUGGGCCAGACACAGCAAGAGCUGGCUUCUUAUGGAAGCAAGCAGUUCAGCGGCAAGGAACACCGCGGAUCGCUGAUCCUUCAACUCAUGACCCGCUUCGCGACAUCAUUCAUCUCCUCCAUUGAUGGCACGUCUUCAGAAAUAUCAACAAAAGAGCUCUGUGGUGGUGCCAGGAUAUACUAUAUCUUCAAUUCUGUGUUCGGCAACUCUCUAGAAACCAUUGAUCCUACACACAACCUAUCUGUUCUCGACAUCCGAACCGCUAUCCGCAACUCCACCGGGCCGCGACCGAGUCUUUUCGUUCCUGAACUCGCUUUUGAUCUCCUGGUGAAACCACAAAUUAAGUUGCUGGAGAUCCCCAGUCAGCGGUGCGUAGAAUUGGUCUAUGAAGAGCUGAUCAAGAUAUGCCAUACAUGCGGAUCUACGGAGCUGUCCAGAUUUCCCAGGUUACAAGCCAAGCUCAUCGAGGUGGUUUCGGAUCUGCUGCGAGAGCGGCUUGGUCCUUGUUCAAAUUAUGUCGAAUCACUUAUUGCGAUUCAACGCGCAUACAUCAACACGAACCAUCCGAACUUUCUUGGAGCGGCCGCAGCAAUGUCUUCUGUCAUUGCAAACAAGAACGAAAAAGACAAGAAAGCCGCGCAAGCCGAGGAGAGACGAAAACGAGAGAAGCAGCGCAUGAAGCAAUUAGGAGUUAACGGCGCCGCCACCCCAGAUGAAGAAGAUGCCGAACAGGAAGACAAGCCUACUUCGUUACCAAACAGGAAACACCCGACGCUGAGCCGCAGCAUGUCACCGACUGUGGCUCGUGAGCGUGAAAAUGGCCUCGGCAGCAUUUCGGCUGCUGCGGGUUCAGCAGGUGCAGCGAGAGAUUCGUUCCUGAAUUACUUCUUUGGAAAGGAAGGCGGGUUACCAGGGGCGGCACUACAAGGCAGCCCAGCCGUUGUUCCGUCCUCGGCCUCGGUGGCUCAAAGACAUGUCAGUCACAAUGUCGAACCGAGCUUCUCGCAGAGUAUGCGGCGGAUGGAUCGUGGAAGCUUCACGGAUCGAUCGCCUGUGUAUCCACCGACGCUGCAUGACGAUUAUGCGCCGGGGUCGGAGUAUGGCGAUUCGAGCUUGUUAUUCCCCGAGCAAAAUGCAGAGCCUGUUCUGACUGAGCGCGAAGCUAUGGAAACCGAGCUGAUCCGCCGUCUAAUCUCCAGCUAUUUCAACAUCGUACGCGAGACCAUCGCCGAUCAAGUGCCGAAAGCCAUCAUGCACUUACUUGUGAACCAUUCGAGGGAUGAAGUGCAGAAUCGUCUCGUCAGCGAGCUAUACAAGGAGGAGCUAUUUGGUGAGUUGUUGUACGAGGACGACGGGAUCAAGAAGGAGAGGGAGAAGUGUGAAAAGUUGUUGGCAACGUAUAAGGAGGCCGCGAAGAUCGUGGGAGAGGUUUUGUAG